AUGGCGGUUUUCCAAUCGAAAAAUUACCCCAGUGCUGCCAAUGCUGGCACUCUCGCUGCGAGAUAUCGCGUGUUGCUAGCCAAGCAUCCGUUCUUGUUAUUUGGCCUGCCAUUCAUGUCUAUCAUCGUAGCCGGUUCUUUUGUCCUGACCCCAGCCACGGCGGUACGCUACGAGAAGCACGACCGGCGAGUCAGACAAAUGACUCGCGAGGAGGAAUUGGGAGUUGGCAAGUCGGGCCGCAAAAUCAAUAUCAAGGACGAAUACUAUAGGUUGGCAGCGAAAGAUCUCGAAAACUGGGAGCAGAAGCGUGUCAAGAGGCUUCCCGGCGAACCUGAUGGGGCCCUAUAA